AUGCCAUGGUCUCGAGUGCAUUGUCUUUUUGCAUUCGUAUGGGUCGUAAUCCUAUGCUUUGGCCGAGUCAAUGCCCUUGAAGGCGAUGAAAUGCCCGAGUUUAUCGACUGUUUGGGAAACUGCACCCUGCAAGAUUGUGAUAGCAACAACGAUAGCAGCAACUUACCAUUGUACCUACGAGCCUAUUUCUGGACAUGCCCUGACAAUUGUGGAUACAAUUGCAUGCACGCAUACACCGAUACGCACUCACCCAUGCUGCAAUUUUACGGCAAAUGGCCAUUUUAUCGAUUGUUUGGCAUACAAGAACCAGCGUCAGUAGCAUUCUCCAUUGGCAACGGAUUGGUGCACUUUUAUUACUUGCGGGUGGCGCUGCGAGAAAUACCGCCAUCAAGCUGGUACAUGCGACCUUUUGUCAUCCUGUAUGCUGCCAUCAAUAUCAACACAUGGAUCCAAUCCAGCAUCUUCCAUUCAAGAGAUGUGUCACUAACCGAGCGCUUGGAUUACUUUGGUGCCGCCUUGACUAUCAUCUAUUCUCUAUAUUACGCCAUCCUACGCAUCUUUGGUGUUGAGCGUCGAGAACAUCAAGUAACAAUUGCCGGUGGAUUGAUGCUGUUGUACUUGGCCCACGUAUUGUACAUGUCAUUGGUGUCAUUUAAUUAUGUAUACAACAUGAUUGCAUGUGGUACCAUUGCUGUUAUUCAAGGCGCGCUGUGGAUUAUUUGGUAUCUGGUUGUCGCAUGGCAAUGCAGGAGAAACGACAUGGAUCGGCAACAACUCAUGUACGAGCACUGGGUAGUUUAUUAUGUCGCUGCCAAUGCUGCUACUGUUAUGCUUGAAGUGUUUGAUUUCCCACCCCUGUGGCGAGUCUUUGAUGCUCACAGCUUGUGGCAUAUGUCUACCAUAUUUGUCGCUCCUCUUUGGUAUCAUUUUGUCCUUCAAGAUGCUCGCUAUCAAACCAACUGGCGUAUGAUCAAGCAAGAUGACGAUAACGAUAAUGACAGCGGCUAUGAGCAAUAUCCUCUCUUUUGA